UUUAGUGCGUGUUACGUGUGGUAGGGCUGCUCCCAGUUCCUCUCGCUGCAAACUGAAAUGAUUGCAAUCCUAGCAAACCCUGCCGUUACAAACUUUUCAUCUUGAGCAUUUGCAGCCAUCGUUCAUGAAAGAAGGAAAAAGUAAAUUUUGACUUUCGUCGCACCUAUUGAGCGGUUUUGUUGUAGACCAAAACAUAAAACUUGGUCGUGUGCAUCGCCUUUAUUCGCUCCCGUUUUUUUUUUUCUUAUGAUCCGUAGAUAGAAUAAUUAAGUUGCGGACCCUACUUGGGUUUUCCGUCUGCAAUUAAUUGCUGUUUUAUUUGCGCAUCGCGAUGCUUUCCCCAUCUACACAUAACAUACAGCCUGUGAUAAUGAGGGUUUCAAGAGGGUUCUUAUCGUCUACCAUUGACAUUGACUUAAAUACUAAUAUACGUUUGACAUCGUUUUCUCUUGUUUUGAUCUCAUCAAAGUUUAUCUUCCUAUCGUUUAUUUUCAUACAGGGAUCACAACUUAUUCAAAUGAAAAUUUCAGCACCAGCGGAGACUGGUGAGGAAUCUCCAGUGACGUCAUUUGUGCUGCUCGAGAGGUACAAUGCCAUCCGAUUGGUGCAAAUUGUGCACGCUUCCCUCUCCUCCCUUAGUAAGGUCAUCCGAGGAACUGCCUUGCUAGAUGCUGAGGUCCAGGCUCUCGCGGGCGCACUACUCAAGCAAGAGGUAAGAAGGAGAACUAAAUCGUUGUUUUCAAACUCUCUCCUCGCUAGAGGCCUUUGUGGAGGAGAGAGGUUGUCAAACUCUAAUUAAAAGACUAAACUUGUAAAGCACACAUCUGAUAGUUUUUAUUAAAAUCAAUUCCUUUGUGACGGCUGCAGCUGUUGUACUUCUUUAAAAGACUCUGGAAUGACUUUAUAAGAGCCUGUUCCUCUUUUCCUCUUUUCCCCCAAGCAAUGUGGAUUGUUAAAGAAGACUUUAGUGCAGAACGUCAACACUGCACCGUGGGGGAGGGUAUGGAAAAUGCGUCUUUUGACAAGCUACUGUGUCAGUGUCCCAAGAGAUUUGACCAGGGUCGUUUUCUAGAGCUGCUUCUCCACCUCACCCCAACCCCAUUCCAGGACAAUUUUGCCCAGUUCGCUUAGCAUAGAGCAAAUAUGUACCUUACUCCUUCGACACGGGUUAGGCGCUUCUGCUCUCUCCCGGUCUACUAUUCUUGGUUUGCAACCACGUGACAAGGCGGCCAUGUUGGGGGUCAAUACAAUAGAAAUUUUGCUCGAAAAAUUUACAUGAAAAUGGAGUUUAGUUCCCAGAGGAGAGAAAUGCUUUUGUUCUUGACCACCAACAUGGUCGCCAUGACGUCACGUGCAAACCAGCAAUUCUAAGUAAUACCUUUUUUUGUCCCUAGGUACCCCUCUCUUGGAGUAAUCACUUUGAAGGCCCAGAGGAUCCCAUCCAUUGGUUAAGGGCCCUUGUUGCCAAGACCCUAGCCCUGGGCUCCUGGGUGGAGAAAUGCAACUCAGACUCCUUAUUACGGGAAGUGCUGGACCUUUCUGAGCUAUUUCAUCCUGACACCUUCCUUAAUGCCCUUCGACAGCAAACGGCUAGGUAAGCGAACAAGUCCUUAGCACAAUUUUGGUUGCAAUCUUGUAAAUAUUGCAGACAAUAGAGCAAGAGAGAACGCCUAGGGACUAGCCUGAUUUGACUUUUUAUUUGCCAUUCACAAACAUACAUAGUGAUCAUAGGCUCUAUAAAUUGCUCAACAGUAAAUCAAUUUGGGUAAAACCAAAUUUUAUUAGUGAUCAGUGCGUAACUAAUAAACGUGGCCCCUACUUUAAUGUAGAGAGUGAAGUUUCAAGACCAAAAUAAACCUUCCUGAACAUAUAGAUUUAGCCAAGGCCAAAAGCGAAGCACUCUGUGGACUUUUUAAAAAUAUCUUUCUGAAGGAACGUUUUCUGAGCCUGCGAUCACGUGAAAACUAAUAGGGGUCAGCGGAGAACUUACAAAAUACCCGUGACCUCAACGAUUUUUACACCUUAGCCUACGAUACAGUCAUGUGACACUGGUGAACGGAUUCCCUAUUUCGACAUUAUUAUAUUAGUAUUAGGCAUUUUUAAAGCUGACGAAUUUUGUACCGUGGAUAAAUAAAGAUUAUCUAUCUAUCUAUCUAUCUGUCAACUGAUCAUAACAUGGAUGUCUAAUAUCACGUUAAAUCUCAACCAAAUUUCCUUACCUAGGGUCCUCCGCUGCACGCGCUUCCCGUGCGUGAGAGCUCCGCUAAAAGCAACAGAUACGCCGGGGGUUACGUUAUUUGCUCUUAUGUCACCCAGUUAUUUCCAGUUAUCUAUUAGUUUGAAAACUAGCUGCAUUAACCCUUAAUACCGCUUGGCGACUUCCAGAAUAAACUUCUGAACGUUCAAAAAUGGCCUAUCACAUCAAACGCUAAGGGUACUUUGUUUGGAUGCGGCGAGAGUAACCGUUUAGAAAGCUGGGUAAAUGAUGAGACUAAACGGCGAGGCAUUUGUCCCAGUGCAACUUUUAAUGUAGAAUAAAAUGUUGGAGAUUAAUUUUGUACAAUUUGAGCUCCAAAAAAUUAUUCCUUGCACUUAUUUCUUGAUGCUGUUGUCUUUCAGAGCAAUGAGGACCUCAAUCGACGGUUUGAAACUCGCCGUGUCUUGGAAGGAAUCUCAGGUCAAAGGAGCCAAGUUCACUGUGAAGGUUUGCUUCUUUUUGUAAAGACAUAUGGGUCUCUUUGCAAUUUAUAGCUAGCCCGCCGGCAAGCUCUCGCGGCGGGGGUCGAGUGGGAUGGGAAAAAAUGACGUCGAUUUUCUAUUUUAGAUCCGCUUCCUUUGGAAUUUGAUGUAUUUCUCAUCUUUCUUGUCUUGAUUUUUUUUUGUUUGAGUGAAUUUAUUUUGUAAUUUUUCAUUUGUUAGCUUGGUGGACUUCAGCUGGAAGGAUGCAGCUUUGAUGGCAACACACUGACAGAGAAUCAGAGAGAUUCGCCCAGUGUUUCAGCCAUCCCAACGGCAUCGGUGGCCUGGGUAUCAAAGGUAAGCUAUUUUAGUGUCGUUUUUACCAGACCCAGUGUUUUUGAAUUAGGAGCGCUACCCUGGAGCAUUCACAUGCGAGCAAUUUACAUUGGAGUAAAAUCCUGCUAUUCACAUUCCAUUUGAAUUGUAAAUAUCAUCCCUGAGGAUUAAUUAAUGAUAUGCAAAUUAGUAUAUACAAAAUAGGAAACACUGGCAUGCCUUGUUUAAUUCACUUCACUUUGUCCAACACGAAGAGCGAUUGGCGACCCACCCACCCUCUACAGCGAGUAAGUCGGGUUCCAGAUUACCUACAUUCAAUUCAAGGCCUGCUUACAUGGAGGUGGGAGACCCCUGGUAGGUGAGGUAACAUGUGGCAGGUCACCCCACCUGUCAUGUAAACGUGAUCAAAUUAAAAUGAGAGAUUAUAUGGACAGACGGGUUACCCCACCUACCUGGAGUCCCCCAUCUCCAUGUAAACAGGCACUCAGUCUGUCUUGUGCUUGUCCCAAGUCAGAUUGAUUUCCCAUACGUUACUGAAAAGUCAUGAAUAACAAUUCCUCAGGAAUGAAUAUUAUACUGUUUCUGAGAUACCUCAACCACCUUUAAUCGCCCAUUAUUAAUCUGAAUAAGAAACAAACAACUGAAAUUGAUCGUAACCGCUUAUAUCCGUGACGUGUAUUACUUACCAUUACAUAUGUGAAACCGUCAGUGCAUCAAAACGGAUAACUGUCCCUUUAAAAAUAACCCAUCUGCUUUUUGAGAACGUUUGAGUUCAAGCGAAGCCUGCGUUAUUCGCGUGCUUCUAAUUCACGUUUAUGAUGUUGACCACAUUUGACACCUGUCACAUUCGUCUUUUCUUUAUAGGAUACAGCUGACCCCUAUCCCGAGAACGACUGCAUCUCGGUUCCAAUCUACUACACUGCAGACCGAGAAAAGACUGUCACGUGUUUUAAUAUGCCGUGUGGCGGCAACCAGAGCAGAUGGACCCAGUGUGGCGCGGCUCUCUUCCUGAAGAGCCAGUAA